AUGAGCUCGCGAAAUCGGCUGAUUGUAUCUCACGCGCGUAAUCCGCCUCUAAAUCCACCCGGCGAUCUCAGGUACGACCUACGCUCGAUACCAAACCCUCCGAAGCACAUCAGGGAUGCAUACAAUGGCACCUCGAAGCGUUUGCGGGAGUGGAUGCUGGCUGAGCCGGCAUUCGUUGCAUUAGUAGAGAAAGCGGCUCGGGACAUAGAAGAGAGUAUGAAAUCGAUAGCAGACGAGAGUCCUGCGACAAAAGAGCCAGAUGCCGAGGGCGAAGAGCCUGGACUUGGUUUAGAGAGCUUGGACAGCGACGAUGACGCACAGGACGAAAUGGACAGUGACGAUGACGACGAAGACGACGAGGCGGAGAUCACAAAUGUUCCAGACUUGACCGUAGACGUCUCGUGCGAGAAGGGCAGGCACAGGAGUGUGGCGUUUGCCGAAGAGCUCGCAACGAGAAGUGGGAAAGGUUGGAACUUGCAAGUGAUUCACAGAGAUAUUAACUCGAAGCGGAAACACGACAGGAAACACAAGCAAAAGCGACGCGACGCAGUUCUCGAUGAGGACGACUGA